AUGGCUAACGAAUUGAGGCCCUGCCCAUGUGAUAUUGGAGACAGGUUUGACUACAGAGGCCACGGGCAGGAGGUGCAAGUUGAGCACAUCAAGGCGUAUGUCUGCAAACCACCUGCUGGCACAGACAAAGCUGUGAUUGUGAUUCAUGAUAUAUUUGGAUGGCAACUCCCAAACACCAGAUACAUGGCUGAUAUGCUUGCAGCUAAUGGAUACAUAGCCAUCUGCCCAGACUUUUUUGCAGGAAGAGAAGCUUGGAAGCCUUCUGAUGACUGGUCCAAGUUCGAUGAUUGGCUGAAAACUCGAGAUGCCAGGAAAAUAAACAAAGAAGCUGAUGCUGUCCUGAAAUAUCUGCAGGAACAGUAUGGUGCAAAGAAAUUAGGGGUUGUUGGUUUUUGCUGGGGUGGUAUUGCUGUACGUCACCUGAUGAUGACAUACCCGGAACUGAAGGCUGGCGUAUCUCUCUAUGGACUAAUCAAGGAUUCUGAUGAUAUGUCCAAUCUUCUGAACCCUACGUUUUUCAUUUUUGCUGAAAAAGAUGACUUCAUUCCCCUUAAUCAAGUCACCCUGCUGGAGCAGAAGCUAAAGAAAAAUUGUAAAGUCGAUUUUGAAGUUAAAAUUUAUCCUGGACAAACUCAUGGGUUUGUACAUCGCAGAAGAGAAGAUAUCAAUCCUCAAGAUAAGCCUUAUAUUGAGGAAGGAAGGAAGGAUAUGAUCAACUGGCUGAAUAAAUACAUUUAA